AUGCGGGCCCCGCCUGUCCUUAUGCUUAUGGUCAUCCUGCUGAUGUGGUACCCAAAAGCGCCGUGUGUUCAGGACCGGGACUUCGUCGAGCUGUUUUGUGGUAAGAUGGAGGCAGGACUCCGCGGCACCUCCCUCGACAUCGAGCUGGAUCCGCAGACGAUGGAUUUCCUGAAGCCGGCGGGUGCCGUCAUACGUCUGGACGGUCAAUAUUUCGACCGUAUGGAAAUGAACAAUUUCCGUUUGUCUCUGAGGGCAAUGUGCUUUCAAGCAGAGUGUCUGGACUGGAGGCUUCUGGAUGGGUAUGUUCAAUGGGCCAUCAGCGAAGCGACAUACACUCUGGAGCAACGUAAGAUGUCGACACUCCAGCCGUUGUGCCACUACUACAAGGACUCACUGGGAGUACAGCGACGAAUUGGCAAAAGAGCUGAACUGAAAGCCUCUCAGAACUACACGAGGAACUUUGGUGAGUUCCUGGCUGGUGCCUUCCUGAACCUCCGCGCAAUGGGAAAGAAGAGUGCGGCGGCGGACCCGCCGGAAGUGGCUGAUGUUAUGGCUAUGCUUCAAAGCAAGGGAUUGCUAAAGCGUGGUGCUUCAGAAGCCCCAGCAGCUGAGCGAUCUCAGAAGGAGCUUAAGGUUGAGACCCGAGCCCGGAGCAAGCGCAAACAGGCUGAUGCCAAAGCAGAAGCUGAGAAGCCCGAUGAAGAGAAGCCCCCGAAGAAAGGGAAACCCAGCAAGGACCAAGCCGGCAAGAACCCCACCGAGAAGCAGGAGGAACCCAACAAGGAGCAGCCGCAGGAGAAGAAACCCAGCAAGGAGAAAUCCCAGGAGAAACCCGGCAAACCCCCCAAGGAGCCGAAGAAACCCAGCAAGGAGCAGUCCCAGGAGAAACCCAGCAAACCCACCAAGGAGCCGAAGAAACCCAGCAAGGAGCAGUCCCAGGAUGCCACUAAGGAUGAGGCAUCUGCCGAUGAGGAUCUGGGUCCGUUCGAGGAGUUUCCACCUGAGAAACCCGGGGCUUGGGGCGAGGAGUUCUUCGAGACGGGGCUUAAUGUCGUGGUGAGCUGGAAAAACUUGGAUGAUGUGUGGCGAGCUUGCAAGGCUUCCGACAAGCCGAUGUACAGAGACAUGCAGUACGAUGCACUUGUGCAGAUGAUGGAAAAAGCUCUAGGGGCUCGUCCUCCAACACAGGAGGAAGGUGAUGACGAGGAGCAAGACGACCAGGAAGGGGAGGAGGAGGAAGCAGAAGAGGAUGAGGAAGAGGAAGAGGUGGAGGAAGUGAAGAAACCGCUUCCUAGCAGUUCUAGCGCCAAGCCACCGCCUGAAACCACAAGCCCGCCGAAGAUCAACACGUGGAAUGGCAUCCCCAGCCCUGCAACGAAGGAGAAAGCCCGCUCCGAGAGCCCCGAACAGGCGAAGCCAACAGACCUGAACAACAAGUUCAAUCGUGUACGGCGGUCGAAGUCCGAACAGCCCCCGUCCCUGAGUACUUUGGUGCUGGGUGCCCACCUCACCGAUGAGCAGGCAUACGGGAGUCGUCCAGCCUCGGAGGCUGGUGCGGUUCCCGCGGAGGAUCCGCAUGAAGGGUUGGUGAGUGCAUCUCAAGCAGGCAGCGACAGCGAGCUACGAAGUCUCGUGGCAACGAUGCAGUCAGAGAUCACUAGGCUGAAGGCCAUGCUGGCUACGAAGGAUGCGAACCCGGGAGCCCCGCCGGCCACACCGCCGGCCGCACCGCCGGCCGCACCGCCGGCCCCGCCUGCGAAAGCCUCGGUUAAGCACGAGCAGAAGGAGUCGGAUGGGGAGGAUGAGAACGGGGAGGAGCAUGAAAGCGAAGAGGAGGAUGAUGAAGAGGAAGAGGAGGGGGAUGAAGACCACGAGACCCCGCCACCAAAGGGCAAACCGCCUGCCACAACCUCUGUGGCCAAGACCAACAAGCCUAAGGGGCCCAACUCGUCGACCCACCGUGCUCAAUGGAUGAAGUUCGGUCGGCGAAUGGACAGCAAGGGCUCGGAGUUCCCCGAAAUGACUAAGCUGUGGACCGGAAGCAAAGACGAACAGCACGAAGUGUUCGCGAAAUGGCUCGAGGAGGGCGAGAACAUGAACAACACGGAGGCCCAGCUGAUCAUCACCAAGACGAAAUCGGCCGAGGUGAAGAGUGGCUAUGAGGAGCUCACCGUGAAGGAGAUGGUUGCGAGAGGAUUCAGUGCGACAAAGAUCGAAAGCAUAGUCAGAAAGGGUGGAACCCCUGACCCCGACGCCCCUCACUGCCUCGAAUCCAUCGUGUAUGUUUGCCGGAAGAAGAAGAACGUGGAAGAAUCCGAAAAGGUUUCCCAGACCGGCGAAAUCAAGUCGAAGAUGAAGGCCAGUGCCAAGGCCGUGGCCCCGUUGAUGAGGUUGAACGGAAUGCCGGGGCCUGGAUCGACCUCGGGCGCCACCGAUGCAGUUUUGCAGCUUGCUGCGAACGCUUUUGCUUCGGGAUCGGCCGACGCCACCGCCGCCGCCCCCAAGAGGAACCCGAAAAGCAAGGCCAAAGCCAAGGCAAAAGCCUUGAUCCAGGCGCCCAAGACACCCAAAGAGCUUUUGGAUGAAUGCCGCAAAGAGCUGAAGAAAGAGUACAACGCCGCGAAUAUUUGCUACGACCUGCCGAAGGACCAUGCUUUGCGCAAGGACAUGGAAGGCAAAAAGGGCGAUCUGGAAAACCGGCUGGAUGAGCUGAGGAGUGUGGCGGAUGAUGAUGCCGAGGAUUUCGUCGACGAGUGCAAAGCACUGGUCGAAAACACCCGGAUGGUGCGAGCACAGGUCCGUGCUGUGGCAGCUGAGCUCCAGCGCAAAUCUGCUUCGGUGUCACAGGUUUCUCUGCCGAUGCUGGAUGAUGACAAAGUAGUCUGGCGAGACUGGCCGAUGAUAUUGCCGCACAACUUCGAGCUUAGACUGCAGCUAGUUGCUGCAAUGGCCCGUCAUGGUCAUCUUGAUAUGCUGGUGGCUGACUGGGAUAUGGUUCCCGACUACUGGACAAAUUUUCUUCGCGAGCACCCCGGGCACCCUGCAAGGGAUAAAAUGAGUGAUGAAGCUACAGCUGUGAACGAAACCUGGAUGUUUCUUAUGUUUACAAGUGACCUGCACCCGGUGAUCCGGCUACAUUUCUUCGUGGCUGGCUUUCGCGGCGACUGGAAGGCUCUUCGGCAAUCCUUCAACUUCAACCGCUAUGCCGACCGAGACAAGGCGGGCUCGACUCAAGACUUCAGUUCAACAACACGAACAGUUCUCCGUGUGGCUAUUUUUUACCAUCAUCUAGCAAUAAUAGUUAUAAUCAUAAACAAAGGGAAUCCAGAAGUAUAG